UAAUCAUUCAUUGGAAUAAUCCAGUUUAGAAUUGUUGAUCGAACGGAAUUCUCAUUCUCAACCUUAAUCGAAAUGCGAUUCACCACUAUCUUAGCUCUCUGCUUCAUUGGAGCUGCCUCUGCUAGCUCAUUGAGCAAGCGAAGCUUCAUCGACGACAUCCAGAACAACACUCAAAAUGCUUUCCACGCUUUUGAACAAUUCGGUCAAAACUUCAAUGAGAAGGUCCAAGAAGCCUUUAAAAACUUAUUCAACGCUUUCGGAAACAACAAGAACCAAACAACUGAAGCUUCAGUCACUGUAACCAAGCGAUCCAGCAACCCAUUCGCACUGUUCGAUGAUCUUGGUAAAGGUGAUUUAGUCGCAUUUGCUCAAGACUUAUUGAAAGUUCUUGCUGAUGUAGCUCCUGGUCGACGAAAGCGAUAUGCUGCUGAAGAUCUUAAAGACUUACUCAGUGCUCUCGUAAACAAGAACCAAUCUAUUGAAGCUUCAGUCAUCGUAACUAAGCGAGACAGCAACCCAUUUGCACUCAUUGAUGAUCUUGCUCAAGGUAAUUUAUUCGCAUUUGCUCAUGACUUGUUGAAAGUCCUCGCUGAAGUAGCUCCAGGUCGACGAAAGAGAGAUGCUGCUGAAGACUUCAAGAAGUUCUCUGGUGAUGCUAAGAACAACUCUGAAGAAUCUCUCAAGAAGAUCUUUUCCUUCUUUGAACAAUUCAAACCUCAAUCCAGUGAAUCAUCAGAUGUGUUUACUGUUGCCAAAAACAAAGCUCAAGCAGCUAUUGAGAAGCUCUUAACCCUCUACGAACAAUCAAAAAAAUCUAGUCAAUCGUCAAAUGCCUUCACUUUUGCAAAGUUCAACGUUGACGAUGCUCUUUGGAAGCUCUUAUCACUUAUCGAACAAUUAAAACCCCAAUCCAGUCAGUCAUCAGCUGCCUUCAAUGUUGCCAAGAACAGUGCUAACGAUGCUCUUUGGAAGCUCAUUUCCUUCUUUGGACAAUUGCAACCUCAAUCUCCAAACGCUGUCACUAUUGGCAAACGAUCCCUCGACCCGUUUGUACUCUUCGAUGAUGUUCAAUCAGGUGAUAUAGCCAAGUUUUCUUCAGACUUUUUAAAAGUUCUUGCUGAAGCAGCUGCGUUUAAAGGUUGGUGAAAGCGAGCUAUUCCUGGAGACGAUGCAAUUCAGUCAAAUGUGCUAAACAACUUUCAUUAGUAAUUGAUUUAAAUCAAUCAUUUAUGAUCACUCAUGAAGCAUACAUAAAGAUUCUGUAGUUUGAACAUUUUUCUGUAAUUACUUCUAUCCAUUUGCCAUCUAAAUGAUCCAAUAAAACCAUUUAUAUUCAAUUUGCAAA